AUGGCGGCACACGGUCCCCCUGCCUGGGUCACCCGCUGGGCCUCCGGGCAGUGGCGGCAGAAGAAGCGGCCGCCUGUUAUCCGUCCGACCCGGCCGCUGGUGCUAGCCAACAAGGUAGCGAACCGCAGGGAGCAGCUAGGAGAAGUGACAUGCAUUACAGAGAUGUCAGUAAUGAUGGCCUGCUGGAAACAGAAUGACUUCAAUGAUACGGCUUGUGCUGAAGAGAUCCGGAUGUUCUAUGACUGUGUGGCAAAGGCAGAAGAGCGCAAGAAUCAAAAUGAGGACACCCUAUUACCCAGAGGAAACUUAACUUCAAGCAAAGUGAACAAACUUCUGAGGAGGUUUCCUCAGAUCACACAUUAUGUAUAA